AUGUCGAACACAGGACAAGACGGAGCUCCCACCGGGCACGCUGACAAUGCGCCCUUGGUAGGACCUAGCGUUAAGCCCAGGUCGGCCUCAAGAAUGAGCACGGCCCGUGAAGUCCCCCUAGAGUCAACGCCAAAGGCGUCCAGAAAGGCUACAAAAGGCAAAAGCUCAGCGUAUACAACGGAGAGCAAAACUAGCCGGCCGAGUUCCAGGGCGUCAGGAACAUCGUCAGUGGAACAAGGGGGAGGAUACAGCGUCAAGGACGCUGGGGGAGAAACUGGUCAAAUAAAGGACGGCGAUGAAGCGUUGGGGGAUGAGGGAACAUACAAUAGAGAGGAAGAAAUAGGCGAAACCUACAUGGAAGCAGACACUGCAAUGAUUAGUGCAUCGCCGGAAGAAACAGUAACAAGGGGUAUACCUAAGUCAGCAAUACUGUCCCCGAUUAGUAGAAGACCACAAUACCAAAUACAAAGUGUACCAACGGUACUAGAACCUCCCGCAGAGAUCAAAAGACCUGCUUCAGCACCGAUAAACCCACAUCGGCAAACCCCAGUAAAUAAACCCGUCGAAAUAGAACAGAGCAGACAGGGCAUAAACAGCCCGAGUGCCGAAGCAAAUGCUAGACAGAAAAACCGCUGGCAGAUAGGGAAUAUAGUAACAAGGGACGAUACAGUACCCUUAAUAAUAAGGACACCGCCUGGCCCCAGUAAAGGGAAGCAAGCAAUAAGGAACACAAGCGGAAGAAAGGAAAAGAAAGAGGAAAGCCUACCUCGUAGACAACUAGACCCUAGGGAACAAACGCGCCUAGACUAUAAACUAAUAGACGCGAUUGGAAAGGACAGAGAGCGAUUAGCCGCUUUACUGGACUAUGAGGAAUCGAUGGGAAAUGGAGGGCGCAAGGCCCGAAUAUUAUUCGCAAAUACAAACCCAGAAGUGACAGUACAAGCAAAAGAGAAAGGAAAAGAACCCACAACUCCUAAGAACAAGAGUCGCGUGCAAGCCACAUUAGGACUACCCAUGAGCCAGCUGGAGGGCGAGCGCAAGUACACGCAUACACCAGCUCCAAACACAGUAACGGCAAAGAACAGGGGACUUCCUACUGGUGGAUACUUGCACGACCGAUUAACAAACCCCACCAAAGAAUUGGUAGUGGCCGACGGGAACCCCAGCAAUUCAAGCGAAUCGAGUAGCAGCUCAGACAGCGACGAUGACUUCAAUAACAUGAGUCCGCAUAAACUUGCUAAAUACAUUAAGAAAUUAAAGAAGAAGAAUAAAGAAAGAAAAGAAAAGGAAAAGCUGAGGAAAUUACAACUCAGCGGGUUUAAGACAAAGUUACCUACCGCAUACAACGGGUCGAACGACUUCGAUACAUUCGAACAAUUUGUUUACGAAGUAGAAACAUGGCAGGAGGACACAGGAUUCGAGGACUACGAAGCCGUAAGGCACGUAAAAAGCUUCCUCAAAGAUAAAGCGGCAAGCUACUAUAUGCUACAUGUAGCCCCCGAUGUCACUCAAUAUACACUGACCCUGGUAUUCCAAGGGCUAUUUGAUUAUUGCUUCCCGCCAGACAGUCAAGCAAGAAUACGCCGCAAGUUUAACAAUAUGACACAGUCAGACCGGGGGUUUAGAGAUUUCUACCGCGAAUUAUGUAAAAUACAAAGAAGACUAGCGGACAUAAACGAUAAAUCAAUCGCUGUCCGAAUGUGGGAAGGAGCCCACAGCUACAUACGCAUAGAAUGGGCGAAGAAUGGAUAUUCGGCGGAACACAACUUGCCGGAGGAAUUAGAAGAAUCGGCAAUUAGAUUUGAAACCGCCAAAAAAAUUCGCCGAACGGAAGAGAACCGAACAAAUGAUCGCCGAGACCGAUCGACAUACAAAGGCAAGCGCCCUGAUUACCGUAAGCCUAGGGAAGGCAAAAGGAACGGUAACACGCCCAGGCAAGAUAAGCCGCACGUCAGUACCGAUAAGUCUCCAAGAAAGGAGAAGGUACCUAGGCUCUUGCCAGAAAAGUUCGCAGAAUAUCGUGCAGCAGGAAAGUGCACAUUCUGCCAUGAGAUCGGACAUAUAGCCAAGGACUGCCCGAAGCAAAACUUCGCUAAACCUAAGGGUAUAAGCACGUUGGCCGUAAGCUUUGCUCGCAUACAUGAACUAGAAACAGCGACAAGGGAGUCUAAAUCGAUAUACGCAAUAUCUCUUGACCCGGGGGACAGCAACGAAAUCGUAUGUGAUACACAAACCUUAAGUACAUACGCGAUAAAGAAAGAAACCUUACCGUCUAUGGAAUGGAACACAUCCAAACCAAGAGACAAGGAAAGAAAGGUCCCACGACCAAUAAUACUCGAGGUCCUAAUUAAUGGGAAUCCUGCUCGAGCAUUACUCAAUAGCGGGUCGCACGGGGAUUUUGUAUCAACCACAUUAGUAGACCAAUUGAAGCUAAAAAAGACCCAAUUAGCUAAACCCAUAGGACUACAAAUGGCAGUAUUGGGAUCUAAGAGCUCAAUUAAUUGGUGUGCAAACGCUCUAUUCCAGUACCAAGGGAUAGAAGAAGAUCGACCAUUCGAUGUAAUGAAUAUAGAAAACUACGACUUAAUAUUGGGCACACCUUUCUUGUACCAAUUCAAGGUCACGUUCGGACUCAACCCGCCAAAUGUAUUAAUCGGUAGUAACAAGGCAGUACCCCUACAGGGAGGUACAGUAACAAAGAUAGCCUCGCUAGCAGCAGAACUGCUAGAGGAUGAGAUAGAAAAGGUGCGCGCUCAAUUGAGCGACGCAUGUAAGGACCUGUUCAAAACAGCGGCUGAAACGCCACUUCCCCCAUUACGAGUGAUAAAUCAUCGUAUCCCACUAAUCGACGACAACAAACCCUUACCAUGGCGAUCGUCUAAGUGCCCUGAGAAAUUAAGGGAUCAAUGGGAGAAGAAGAGAAAUGCAUACGUACAGACAGGAAGAUGGCGAUUCGCGACGGGAAAGAACGCGACACCUAUGCUAUUCCUAACAAAGAAGAGUGCUGACGGGUCUGUCAAACUCCGUACAGUACUAGAUAAACAAGCGUUGAAUGAUAACACUCAUAAAUUAGCCUCACCGCUGCCAGAUCAAGCGGACAUCUUAUGGCGAGUACAAAAACAUAAGUACCGGUCAUUAAUCGAUGGAAAGGAUGCGUACAAACAAAUAAGGGUAGAACCAAAAGACGUACCACAUACAUUGUUUGUGACACCCAAUGGUACUAUGGUAAGCGAGGUAAUGCAACAAGGCAAUACAAAUGCCAGUGCUACAUACCAAUCGCUCAUGAAUAUAUUACUCGAGAAGGGGCGAGGAAAAUACUGGGAUGUAUUCUUAGACAAUAUAGUAGUAUAUACAAACUCGAUCGAAGAGCAUAUAUCCAGGAUGAACGAACUCUUCGAGAUAUUAAGACGCAAGAAGCUCUACCUUAGCAAUGGGAAGAUACAAUUCCUAGUACGCGAACUAAACAUACUAGGUCAUGUGAUCGAUGAAAAAGGGAUCCAAAUGGACCCCGACAAAAUUGACAACGUACUAAAGUGGAAAACACCUACCACUAAGGAACAAGUGAUGGCGUUCCUAGGAGCAGUUGGCUACCUAGCGCCUAAUUGCGAGGGCAUAAGAAUACCCAUGGGGGUACUAUCAAACCGAUCAGCGGGAAACAAACACUGGAAUUGGGACCAUACAGCCCAACGUGCGUUCGAAGAAGUAAAAAUGAUAGUACAGAAACAUAGGGACAAUCACCGAGUCGCUAUAGAUUACAGUGAGGAGGCCCCUCCAAUCAACUUAGUAACAGACGCAAGUUGCACCGGUGCAAGCGGUGUACUGUCGCAAGGAAAGGAACUAAGUAAGGCGCAUGUAAUCGCCUUUUGGUUGGGCAAAUUUAAUAGCACUCAGCAAAACUACGCAGUGCACGAAUUAGAACUACUAGCGAUCAAAGAGUCACUAGAUCGGUUCAGGCAUUUAUUAGUAGGAUGUAAAUUCAAUAUAUACACGGAUCACCGGGCUCUCGAACACUUUCAGACACAGAAGAACUUAAGCCCGCGACAAGUCCGAUGGCUACAAGUAUUCAAUGAAUUCGAUUAUUGCAUUAUAUACAUCCCAGGAGAAACAAACGUAUUAGCCGAUACACUGUCCCAAAUAUACGAAAAUGAAAGACUGGGAACAGUAAGAGCCACGAGCGAAUACGUGCAAGAUAAGGACAACGUACCUGACCUUGAGGCAUUUAGCGCCGAAGUCACGGGACACGUGACCGGCCCGAUCACCCGACCGCUACUGGUAGCCAAAGAGGCCAUAGCCGCCCAAAUGCCAAUAUUAGGCAACCAAGCGAUUGAGACUCAGGGUCCGAUGGAAAUUAAUGGGGUCGACCUACCUAAUAAGGAAACAAUAGAGGAACCUCGACGAUCGUCGAGGAACCGUAAACCAGUAACAAAACUGGUUGUGUUGCAUUCCCCGACACAUAAGAGAGCCCCACCAAAAUGGAAGUCUAACAAAUUGAAAGAGGCCGAAGAUACCUCGAUAAAGAAAAAGAUGCGCGCGGCUAAGAAAAUAAACCCCGAGAAAGAAUCUAAGAGCCACGGCACAAACAAUGAUAAGGAUUCAAUAACGAAAGACGAGAAUGAUCAGAAGCUGGAAAUACAGGAAGAGAAAACCGCAUACAAGCCCAAAGAAGGAAAAAAAGAGGUGUCUGAAAUGGACCAAACAAAAUUACCCGCACCUAACGUGUUUUAUGACCCCACACCAAACACACUCGAAGAAUUGAGAGGGCAGUACCAAGAAGAUAGAUUCUAUAAGCUCAUUAUAGACAACCCGACACAUUUCAAGAAAUUUGAAUUAAUUAAUGACCUUAUAUACAUAAAAGAAAACGAAGGGAAAGCCCUGUGCAUACCCGAUAUAGAGAUAGAGGGAAAGAAACUACGCGAACAAGUAAUCAAAGACGCGCACGUACAAAUAGGGCACGGUGGAGCCAAAAGAACAAACUACGCGUUAAGAGGGAAAGCGUGGUGGAAAAAUAUGGUAAUAGACGUACAGGACUACUGCGCGUCAUGUCAUAUAUGCGCAACAACAAAGCACCAGACGCAGACAAAAAUGGGAUUACUGACCCCGUUAGACCCAGCAAGAGAGCCGUGGGAAUGCGUACAAAUAGACUUCGUCGGACCGCUGCCCGAGUCAGAGAACCUAAACGGGAAAUGGGAUAUGCUAUGCGUAAUCAUAGACCAAGCAACGUCCAUGGCACGAUUAGUACCAACAAAACAAACGUAUAAGGCCCGAGACAUGGCAGAAGUAAUAUUUGACAAUAUCUAUAAGUUACACGGGAUACCACGAGCCAUAGUAUCAGAUUGGGACAAACUAUUCGACUCCCGAUUCUGGAGGGAAUUAUGUCAACUCACAAGAACCGAACUAAGAAUGAGCUCCGGAUACCAUCCGGAGACCGACGGCCUAACUGAACGAAGCCAUAAAACUUUGUUCCAGAUCAUCAGGCAGGCAAUAGAAGGAAAACAGAAUGAAUGGGUAAAGCACAUACCAAGCGUCGAGUACGCGAUGAACUUGGCAAGGUCUGAAGCCACGGGAUACAGCCCGUUCUUCCUGAACUACGGCCGAUACCCCACUGGUUCACGUUGGGACACAGAUAGCUUGUACCCAGGAGUACGGAAGUUCUUAGUCCGGCAAAGAGAAGCAUUAGCAGCCGCACACGACGCCAUAAUAGACACACGUACACGAAUGAUAGCCCAGGCAAACAAACAUCGACGCCCGGCGGAUAUAACUCAAGGAGACUUAGUAUAUCUAUCAAUGAAGAAUCUAAGGCUCCCGAAAAAGAUAUCACGAAAGCUGGCAAGGAAAUACAUUGGACCAGUAAGAGUGACGAAAGAAAUAGUAAAAGGAACAACAUACGAGUUAGAACUACCGAAUGAUCUAAAAGAUAGGGGCAUACACCCCGUGUUCCACGCGUCGCUGCUGCGCAUUCACGUACCAAAUGAUGAUAACAGGUUCCCUGCAAGGGCGGGAAACCCAACAGUAUCCUUAACGGAUGCACCUAAAGAAUGGGCAGUACGAGCAAUACUGCAGCACGCAGGAAAAGGAAAAGAAACCCAAUAUGAAGUGCUGUGGGCAAACCAAAGCAGAACUUGGGAAGAUUAUUGCGACAUCAAGCAUUUAGUCGCGUUAGACGAAUACCUCGAACUGCAAGGGGUCGAUAGCGUCCUAAACUUACCAUGGACAGCUGAAUACGGAAUAGAGGAACAGGAGUUUGGAAAUGAGCUCAAGGAGAAUGAUAUAAAAACAACUGAAAGCAAGGUACAAGUCAACAGCAUCGCAUUCAAUAACAUACUAGACGAUAUCAUACACUGUCGCAAUAUGUCUCGUACCAAUACCUCCCUUGUCGAUUGCGGCGUAUAUCGCGCCAACCUAUUUCGUGUCAGCCAUGGAUCCCUGGAUACUGCGGGCAGCGAACCGCCAAAGUACCAGGAGUUUAGAUCAAUGCUACACACGAUUCGGGAACAGGGGAGUAACACAAUUACACCCUCAAACCCUGCAGUCGAGAUGCUUACAACGUCGAUGAACAAGCUAGCAAUAGCGUUAGGGCAAGCAAAGCAAGUCGCUCAACAGAAAGGGGUGCCGGCGAAUGAAACAACUCAGCGAUACCCAGUCCGUCCCCGGCACCAAGGGCGACCAAUACAACGCGCAUAUAUACAAGCGCGCCCACCUAUCAACGCUCCUAAGGGGCCAAAAGCCCACAGGAACCCCCUCAUCGAUAGAAUCGGGGCGCGUGUCAGCCCGUACGAAAGGCACAGGACGCGGGGAGGAGCUAGGAGGAGAGAAUGGAGAGAAAAGUGGAGGAAUGAGAAAGCAAAGGAACAAGGAAAGGAGAAUAGAGACACGAAAGGAGACGGAGAGGAGAAACAGACCAAUGCUUACAGAAAAAGCACUGAAGAAACUUCAGGUCCAAGUAGUGGACACGGUAAUAACAAGGUGGAUGGAGGGGUUACCGGCACCGUUCCCAACAUUCCCAAAAGGGAGAACUAUACUUGUCCCAUACAUGCCAACAAAACCGAAGAAAUCAUCAACGACGAAGACUGGGACUGGGACCAAUUCGCUAACUCAGAAGCCGAUUGA